AUGCCCACGCUGUUCCGCCGUCGUGCAGUCUCUUCGACCCGCCGCUCGCCUUAUCACACCGACGAUGAGUCCGACGCUCCGACUCACUCUGGCGCAGAAGACGAGCAUGUCGUCCCUCCGUCGAUGUCGUCUGCUCCUCGCUCGGCGUUGAGGACAUCCACCACUCGGUCGUCGUCGCGCCCGAAGAUGGUGCGCGUCGGCACGGAUGGCUCGAACGAGAUGAGUCGGGCCCGUGCACAUGCUCCAGGCAGCAUGUCUCGCCGUGAGAUCCGAGAGGAAGUAGAGGACAUCAAGCGUCGCAUCGCUUCGUUGGAGAGGGCGAUUAAGAGGCGCGAAAGCAGGAUCGACGAACUCGAUUCGCCCGCGAAGGAUCCCGAGGGCCUCGUCCGCGCACAGUGGCGCCGCAUGAUGCCCAACCUCGCCGUCGGACACGCCUUCCUCCCUCGCAAGGAGAACGGCAACAUCAAGAAGAGCUACCUCGCCCUCCUCGAAUAUCAGCCGCGGCACCCGAACUGGGUAGCGAUGCAGCGGCAGAACCACGACGCCUGGGACUGGAUGCGCGUGGAUGCGGCGCGACUCGAAUGGAAGUACUUGGGCGUCAAACCCGAGGAGGGCCACCUGCUCAUGGACAGGUUCUUCGCCCUUGUAUUUGCUAUUGAGGCCAAGGAGCGCAAGAUCCACGAGCUCCAAUCUCGCCUCGACGAGCUCGUCGGCGCUGGCCACAUCCAGGCGGAGGAGCACGACCCGCUUCCUUACUACAGCGACAGCGACGGCGACUUCCGUCCGACCGUCGAACGUCCUUCCACGCCCGGCUUGACGAAGGAGCAGCGAUCGAUGACUCGUGGGUUCCGCGGGCACGGUCGCAUCGCUGCGGACCAGAUCAAGGAGGCGUUCCGUCGGCGCUCGCCCUUCGGGGAUACCGACACGGAGGAUGAGGACGAGGACGAGCGUCCAGUUGCGUCGUCGAGUCGGGCGCAGCGCGAGUUGGGCAGGAUGGGCUUCAGGGCUGCGCGGCGGUAUUCGUUCUCGAGGGAGGCGUUCUAG